UCUGAAUGUUUUUGACACUGUGGAUCCCUAUUUAAAAUCUCUUGGUUUAUCUUGUAACUCGUGUGUAGGUGUUUCACACUGAACAGAGCUAAUAUUGAGUGGCACCCCUAAAAAGAAAUCUUGUAGCACCCAGAGUUGAAAAUUGCUGCCCUAGAAAAACACCAAAGAAGUUCUAGGUCAUGGGACGGAGGGUAUCUUGGGGUUGUAUGACUUUUAUACCAUUCUCAUUUGGAGCACUGCCAGGGACAAGAGCUGUUCCUUAAUGUAUAUUAGAGCAGUCAAGAGUUCUACAUUACGGUCAUCUAUCCAAAGUUGCAUAUGAACUACAUAGCUAUGCUUGUUCUGAGGGAUUCUUUUCCUGUGGCAUCUCUCCACACAGGGCCACUGUUAAUUGUCCCUGCAGCACCCACACUGGGGAAAUUCACUGGGUGGUUGCGGGUCACUUUUAUGUUGCCACAGCAGAAUGGAGAGCUCAUAGUAAAAGUUAGCGUUCCACUGAGAUUCUUUCCUAGAGAAUACAAGUGGGAGAUAAGGAGGUAAAAGGGAAUUACAGAAAUGACAAAGGUAAAGGAAAAGCAAGAAAAGACUGACACAACUUUAAGGAUAGUAAACUUCUAAAUGUAAUGAAAUGCCUUAAUUUAAAUUCACUUCAAUAAUGUUACUACAUUGUGUUCCUGGUAGAAAUACAGAUGCUGAAAGGAACAGAUGGGCAUGAAAAACUGACUGAAAGAGCACCUCUAGUAGCAAAAUAGAAUGAAGACCCCAUGUCAUAUGAACCUGACCCACAACAAAAUGCUAUAACAAGGAGUCCCAGCAGCAUGUGAUGUGGAGGAAGUUAGUCAGAGGAAAGUUGGAGGUGAAGAAAAAAAGGGGAAAUUUAUUUGCAAGAAAGGAAAGGGGCAGGGCAAGAUGGGAAGUACAGAGACUCUGAGUAGCAUAUAUAGAGAAGAAUGCCUCUCCAUCGUCACGUCUUCAUAGCCUGACUGGGAUUAACCAUCAUCCAUUACAAUAUGUGGGCAAAGACCAUCACUGGAAACUUUGCUGGCAUGAUCCAUGGCUUGAAUGCAAGCCAGCUGACAGACCAAGUCCUUCAGAGAAGCAAACGGAUGAUCCUGGACACACUUGGAGUGGGACUACUGGGUAGCAGCACAGAGGUCUGCCACAAAGUAAUACACUACAGCAAGAUCUACAGUGCCAAUAUAUCCAGCACUGUUUGGGGUCACUCAGAUGUCAGACUCCCUCCUCUGUAUGCGGCUUUCACCAAUGGAGUAGCUGUACACUCAAUGGAUUUUGAUGAUACAUGGCACCCAGCCACACACCCCUCUGGGACUGUGCUUCCUUCUCUAGUUGCUCUGUCAGAUACCUUGUCUGAAAAGAAAAAAUUCUCUGGCCUUGACCUGCUCUUAGCCUUCAAUGUAGGGAUUGAAGUGCAAGGCAGACUUUUACGAUUUUCCAGUGAAGCCCACAACAUUCCCAAAAGGUUUCACCCACCAUCUGUGGUUGGUACCAUGGGGAGUGCAGCAGCUGUUGCCAAACUGCUAGCAUUUGACCAGUUUAAGUGUAAAGAAGCUUUGGCCAUUGCUGCUUCCUAUGCAGGAGCCCCAAUGGCUAAUGCAGCAACACAAACCAAGCCUCUGCACAUUGGUAAUGCAGCUAGGCAUGGUCUGGAAGCAGCUUGCUUAGCAUCACUGGGUCUUCAAGGAAACAAACAGAUACUGGACAUGGAGUCAGGGUUGGGUGCUUUUUAUGGAGACUACAUGCCGCAGGAUCUGCCACCUUUACAGUCUUAUUCCUGGCUGCUGGACCAACAAGAUGUAGCCAUCAAGCGCUUCCCUGCUCAUCUUGGAACACACUGGGUGGCAGACGCAGCCUCUUCAGUGAGGAAGCACCUUGUGGGGAGUGGUGAUCCACUCCCUGUUAGCAAAAUUAAGAAAAUCACACUCAAAGUCCCAGAGGCUCAGUAUGUAAACAGAUCAUUUCCUAACUCAGAGCACGAAGCCCGGCAUUCUCUCCAGUUUGCUGCAUGCACUGCUCUGCUGGAUGGCAGCAUCUCAGUCCAAUCAUUCAACCGUCAGAACAUUUUUAGGCCAGAGUUAAAGGAGCUGCUCUGCAAAACACAGGUGGAGCACCCUUCUGAUAACAAGCCUAGCUUCGAGAGCCUUUACUGUGAGGUAAGCAUUACCCUUCAGGACGGUGACAUGUUUAGUGAGCGUUGUGAUACCUUUUAUGGACACUGGAGGAAACCCCUGACUAAAGAGGAUCUGGAGAAAAAAUUUCGCUCCAAUGCUUCCACUGUUCUCUCACUGGAGGCUACAGAAGGCAUCAUAGAGACUGUGAAUCAUUUAGAAGAAGUAAAAGACUGCGUGGUGUUAAGUGAGUUUCUUAAAGGGACACAGCCAAUCCAAGAACUUCCCCAAAUGACCUCCUUACCUUGAAAAAUGACAAACAUUUAUUAACAUUGGGUUCCUGUAGUUACUGGUGUGCACUCUGAGCAUACAGAGUCAGGAAAACGAAACUCCUCUUGUUGUUGGUAACAAAUUUGCACACCUGUAACAUAAGCAACAUUUUAAAUCCAGUAUUGUAGCAUUGGUUCUGUACAUGGCUUAAAGAUUGAUUUCUGCUCUAGAGCUAGCCGAAAAAUAAUGUGCUGGCAACUUGUACUUUCAUUAUCCUUAGAUCAGUACUCAGAGAACAUCUAUAGCCUCCAUAAAACUACCAUUGGUACUAACAACAGCCCUGUUGACAAAUCCUUUGUUAUCACAGUGCCAUAAUAAAGCCCCUUGUAAAAAUCCUUUUUCUGCUAGAAAAUCUGGAAAUGGAGAUUGUGGAGGGGUAAAGCAACCAAUAUCCUCAGGAGAGGAGCUAUUAGUAGAAGGACAAAUAGAGUAUAAGAAUUCUGAGAGAGAUUUUAUAGCAGUAGUUCUCUGGGCAUCCAUUAAUGUGAAAGUGUUGAGAUUUGUGUAGAAAGAAAAACCCAAUGCAAAGUUGCAGAGGUUGGUAUUCACCAAGAAACAUCCUUGCUUCCCCAUCAAGAUUAGCCUUAUAUAGAUGAGGAUGACAAUAGUGCUCUUGUUCUAAUCACACUAAUUAUAAAUAAUAAUAAAUAGGUGCUUCAUCUAAGCAAAGUGCUGCACUACCCUUCAUUAAUGUAUCUUUUAUUUUUUAGUUUCCAUAUCUGGUUGCUCUAAUGCAGGGGUGGGCAAUUAUUUCAGCUGGAGGGCUG